UUACCUUGUGAAUUACCCGGCACAAUUUUAAAAACGUAUAUACGACUGCCGUGAAUCCCUACGAGUACUACUCUAGCUGUAGAAGGAUUUAUAUUUCAGAAAAGUCUUUGUAGCACAUCCACGGAUUGAACAUUUAUUGAUAUUUGAUACAAUACCACCCUGAUUCAGAUCGAAGAUGUACGGUACUUUCGCUAUAAUAUUCGGCCUGAUUGCGUGUGUUAUUGGCCAUGGGCAAAACGAUCCCAAAGAUAUUGCUGCUGAUCCUGCGCAUCCGUGGAUCGGCAGAUGGGAAUCCAUUGACGGUCGCCAUGAAAAUUUUGAAAACUUUAUCAAACAUCUUGGUUUGGCGCAUUACGGAGCCGACAACAAGGUAUACCAUAAAUUCUGGAAGGAAGAUGACCAUUUCCAUCACGGCAUUGCGGUCACAGAAAAAGACUUCAAGAAAUUUGUGGAAUUCAAACUAGGAGAGGAAGGAACCCUUACGUGGAACAACACCGAAUUCAAGUAUAAGUACACGGAGGAAAACAAAGAUUUGCACGUGGAAGUGAAAGUGCCGGCUAAGGACAAAGUAGUGCAUGACACCUACCAUGUGGAAGGCGAGCAGCUCGUUAAAACUUACAAAGUGGACAACGUGGAAGCCAAGCGAUGGUUUGCGAAAGCCACGUCUAAGCCAUCCAAUACCUGAUUUGUUCCAUGUUAUUAAAAUAAUAACGAGCUAAUUUUAAUUAUACAACGCUCCUAAUGUCAGAAAGCUGCUGAUAAGUUUUAUCGUAAUUGUGGACUACCAGUGUGCGUGAAAUGCAUGACCAUAACCGCUUGUUUACUUUGCGUUAAUUAUGUAUCAGUUCUCGUACCAUAACAUACAUCUAGAUAUUAGAAAUCCUUUUCGUGUGCAAAUGUACUUAUUACGGGGAUACGAGUACACGUUAGACAGCUCAGACGAUCAGAAGAAGCGAUAAACCAGAAAUGCGUCGGUAAAAAUAAAAUGAACUGGCCGGUUUAAAACACGCCGCGGAAAUAGAA